CUGCGCUACUUUUUAUUCUUACCUCUAAUAGACCCCGACUCCGAGCUUUCUGAUAAAAGGCAUAUCACACAGCAGACGAAUGGCCACAAGUUUCCUUCUGCUGCAAUUUUUUCUUCUAUUCUUGAGGAAUCAGGGGGAAUGAGCAAUGGGAGCAGUGUCAGUGUCUCUAGCCGCAGUGCAUUCUCUAGCUUCCGCCUAGUCGGCCACGAAGGCCCCGUUACUGCUCUACUUCAUCCCGCUAGUCUCAGUUGGGCAGUUGAUGAGAUAAUCUCGCCAAGUGUUCUUACUUCUAACAAAGAUUUUACUUCCUCGUCUGCCAUCUCGAAUCUGUUUUAUCUCUACAACCCUGCUCAUUUGGUUUCUGGAGGCGCUGAUUUUACAGUCCGCCUUUGGAACCUUAAUCCUUCCGUCGAUGCACAUCGUUUAGACCGAGUGGAUGGCGUUCGCGAACUUCAUUGUUUGGCCGUUUUCCGAGCCCAUUCAGGUCCCGUGAUUGGCCUUGCUCCUGGUCCACCAGCACAAGCGAUUCUACAUCCAUCUGCUGGAAAUCCUCGAUUAUCUGUGAGUCUUUAA